CUCGAUAUCGGUCUAUAUUGGUGGUGUGGUAGCAGAUAACACAGAUAGUUCACAUCGAGUCUCGCAGGCAGUUACGUUAAAUUGCAUCAUGGAGCAGAAUAUUUUCCAACUCGAAUUGUACAAUAUGAAUGCGUCUAACGACGAUGAGCCAGGGAACUUCUGUUCGAUACCAGACGCACCGAUUCUCGAUCUCUCGGAUCCCAGUAUCGCAGCUCGCUAUGAGUACGACUCGGUUCAGAGCGCCCUUGUCACGAUCGUCUACCCAUGCAUCUGCCUAUUCGGUAUUCUGACUAACUCGAUAUUUCUGCUGACGGUUAUUCGGGUACCGUACAUGAAGAGCAUAACCAACAUCUAUCUGAGUAAUCUGGCAGUAUCCGUCGGAUAUCAUGUUUCUGUCAACAGUUGUCAACUUUCUUUUCUCACAGGUGCCGGCUUGAGCCUGUGGAAGUACCUAUCGACACCAGUAACUACUGAUUUUUCUAUAUUUGGUGGAGUCCUCGGCUGUUUAAUCACGCAAGCGCUAAACUCGACACCGUUUUUUGCUUCAACAUUACUUGUAACAGUCGUGGCGGUAGAAAGAUACCUUGCCAUCUGCCGACCAAUUGAACACCGGAAAAUCAACUCUAGAGGGCGCGCUUUUACCCUUAUCGCAGCCACUUGGGCGGCUGCUUUUUGCUGCGAAGCGUUUCUCCUCCCGUCCUAUUCUGUUUACACCUCUAGUUGCGUCAUGUGGCCUGACGACCACUAUUUCAAGGAAUUCCCCAGAACCAUCGGAAGUUGUUUCACCCCGGCGCUCUGGACAAAGGUACUGGCAGCUUUUGUUCUUACUGUACCCAUAGUUUUCGCUUUCAUCUUCACUUUCGUGCUAUACUUUCUGAUAGUACGAAAACUGGGCAAGCGGAUUGGUAAGCGGGCACCCAGCGAGCAGUCUUCGAAUCGCGCGAAGUCUCGUCGCACGAGAAAUCACGUGGCUAAGAUGCUGAUUAUCGCUGGUACCGUAUUCUACAUCCUCCUGACUCCUCGCACAAUAGUGAUCCUUUAUUACUAUAUAAAGUUUUUCGCUGGUACCACGGGGCUUCCCCCGGGUGUAGAGUUUAUACUAGUCACUUCAACCAACAUUCUUCUAUAUGUUAAUUCUGUGACAAAUCCUAUCAUUUAUGUAUUUUCAAACAAGCGUUACCGAACGGCUGUUAUACAAGCAUUUUACCCAGGUUCAAAAGUUAUCACGGUUUCUCAUUAAACAGUUUUCUUAUCUCGCAAAAUAUACGCGGUUGCGAAAAAGAAAAAGUUUUUGUAAAAAGAUAAAGGAAAGUAUUUGUGAUUUUCAAAUUGAACAAAAAUUCGCAAACAAAGACUAGCGUGGUUUCAACCGUGACAUCAUGAUUGGGCGCCUUGCGUAUGUUGUAGAAUGAUUCGUUUCGAACAUAGGACCAGGCAGGGAUAGGGUGUUGAAUUCAUUACAUCCACAAACAAAAUGCGCAUUGUAUGACAAGCAUGGAAUAAGUAAUAUUACGUCAUAACUAUCGGUGAGAUGAAAGGGGUGCUCAGAAAUUAACCACCCACUACUUUCGCUAUUUGACACUAAGCAAAUUCAUUGUUCAAAAAUGGCAGCGAAUUUGUAAUACUAGAUAGGCAACAUUUGUAAACUGAUUAAGUAUAGUAACUCAAGUUGUGUUGUAUAUAUAAAAUUGUCUUUAUGUGUCUUCAAUUAUGUGCAUCACUAUCUUUAAAAAAAAAUUGUAAAAAAACCCCUAAAAAAACAAAACGAAUCUAUGGGUAGUCAUGCUGAAAAUUUACCUUUUGUGUUCAACAAAUCCAAUGUGUCGAAUUAUUAACUUUAUGCUAUCAUAUGUUUUACUAAGCCAAAAACAAAAUGCACUAUAUUUUCUGUUUCAGGCGUCUGUAACCGUGAGAAAGCAUUCUGCUUUGGGUUUCUUUUGCGCACAAACAGCCGGCCUUGCCAGAUAAAAAAAAUAGACCCCGAAAUUGUUAUUGAAGAAGUAUAGUGUAUAGUAGCACAAACAUUAGGUUUAAACCUUUGUUCUUAUAAUUUGUCUAUGGUUAAACCAAAGUUGACAAUAUUAUUUUAAAAAAUAAGCUACUUCUUCAUACAUGUAUAUAGAAGAAACUCGUUAAUGUGUUUAACUUUAGUAGAGUCUACCAAAAAUAUUAAGUGGUAUACAAAAAUAUUUGGGCCUAGACUGGGCAAGCUCGAGGGUUACUGGUACCAUUUGUUCCAAAUUAAUAAACAGUUGGGGUUAUAGGGGUCGGAUCUAGUGAUUGUAGCUAGGAAAGCUUGGUAAACUGCCACAGGGAGUGGGUUGGUAUAUGCUGGAAAACCGGUGAAACAAUUUUGAGA